AUGGAUUUCAGAAAUUCUUAUGUAUCUCUAGUAAAAGGGGUUCAGUCUUUUGACUUUAGUGGAGGGUUCCGUCCUAGUGAGCUUCUGCUGACAGGAGAUAAAGCUUUCCCAGUUCUUGUGAGUACGAAUGGGCAAGUACUCAUUGCUUCAACUCAGUAUGGAAAGGGCCGCAUGGUGGUUGUCUCGCAUGAAGAAGUCCUGAAAAAUCCCCAGUUCUUGCUGUUCAUUAAAAAUGCUUUGCAGUGGCUCAAACCCUCCCUGGCAGCACAGGUGGGUGUCCAUGCAAGCUUGGAUCCCCUCUCUCAAAUGCUCCUCCUCAAUGGUGUGAAAGUGCAGCCAGGGGCAGCCCUUGGGGCUUCCCUAGGAGUGUACUGCACAGAUGCCUAUGAUGAGACGCAUGCAGACAACCUUGUGCAAUUUGUAAAGCAUGGCGGGGGUCUGCUCAUCGCAGGGCAGGCCCUGCAAUGGACACGUCAACAUGGCAUGCAGAAUGUGCUGCUUGGGUUUCCAGGCAACUGGGUGACUAGUGUGGCUGGCGUGUACUUCACUGGCCAUGCAGGAGACAACGGGAUGUUCCCAGUGUCCAAAGAAAUGCCGAAGAUUCCACUCAUCACCCAGCAUGGACUAGAUAUCCAAAGUGAUUUAACAGCUCUUCUGAAUGGCAUCACCAAGUUCAAUAUACAGGAUGGUGUUCCAUCACAACUGCUAAUCUAUGGAGCCUUGGCAUUUCCAGUUGCCAUAGAUGACUCUCAGCAGUCAUUUCUGGCAGCUGCUCGCUAUGGCAGGGGGCGUGUUAUUGUAAGUUCUCAUGAAAACCUGUUUAGCACACCAUCAAUGAAAACAUUUAUUCUCAAUGCUAUCCACUGGCUUAGUUCUGGAAAAGGAGGAAAGACUGGUGUUGGAGAUUACCUCCAGGACCUGUAUUCCACGUUAGAUCAAGCAAAGAUCCCAUGUGAGCUAACAGAUCUUAAAGAUGGUCUAAGCGUAUAUUGUUGUAUGGCCUACAGUGACAGAGAGGUGGAAAAAAUCCAUGAAUUUGUCUCCGAAGGAGGUGGUCUCCUGAUUGGGGGACAAGCCUGGUCAUGGGCUCCAGGAAAUACUAGUUCCAAUGUUAUUGCUGAGUAUCCAGGAAACAAGAUACUAAAGAAGUUUGGAAUUGCAAUUCUUGGGGAUGUCAUCAACUCAUCUGAUCAAAGCUACCCAGCUAGACAGGCCAAAGAAGUUGUUUCAUCCUAUCACUUCCGGAAAGCGUUCUUCCAAUUCCAGCAACACAUUCAGAAUCAGCAAGCUCUAAAGUUACCAUAUUCAUCAUGGAUUAAGAAGCUAGUCCAAGACUCUGUUACAUUCUUAAAGAUCCCAGCUGCUGACUCCCCUCCUGUCUUCUCUAUUCAUGAAGAUGUGAUGGAGCUGAUCAAGUUGAGUGGAAUUCCUGAUGUCAGUGCAAACAAGCCCAUCAAAUCCAAUUCAGUGGAAGCAUUUUUAAUCAGCCUGUCUUCAGAGCUCUACAACAUUUCCCCAGAGUUCCAAAAGCUAGUGUCCAGCCUUAAUCAACAUCUCGGAACAGUUUAUCCUAUUUCCCCUCCUCAGACUAUUAGGAUAAAUGGAAAGAAUAACGGAAAUGAAGCAUGGAGAAGCACCGGCCUCUAUGUCCCUCCAGCAAAAACAGCCACCUUGCUGUUUCCAUACACUGUCACGGGUGCUAAUUUACAGGUACAGAUUGGUUGUCAUUCUGAUGACUUAAGUGACGCUGAGGAGUUGAAGCGUGCUCCAGUAGUGACAAGAAGAUUUGAAGUUAAGACUCAGAGGGUAGAAGUCUCCAGCCUGUGGGGUGGCCUCUUAUACAUCAUUGUGCCAGAGAAGUCUUCAAUGGGCCACAUCUCUGUCACCAUCGAAGGGGCAGUCCAGGCACCUUAUUUCAAGCAUGGUGAAACCAGUGCAUCUGCCUGGCAGAACACCAUCCGCCACUACACUGCUCCCUGGGCUGAACUUGAAACUGAGAACAUUGUUUUGACAGUGCCCACAGAGCAAGUGCAAACUAUAGACAAUCCAGAGAUUCUUCUCACCACCUGGGACAAUAUGAUGAAGGGGGUUGCCAAGCUGGCAUCCAUCCCUGCUAUUUUACCCAGACCAGAAAGAAUUGUGGCAGAUGUUCAAAUAUCAGUUGGUUGGAUGCAUUCUGGCUACCCUGUCAUGCUUCACUUGGAGUCGGUACAAGAGAUGAUAGAUGUUCAGUCCAUACAUGCCAAAGGACUAUGGGGUCCCAUCCAUGAGCUGGGACACAACCAGCAGCAGAGUGGAUGGGAUUUUCCACCUCAUACCACUGAAGCCACCUGCAAUCUCUGGUCUGUUUAUGUGAACGAGACUAUACUGAACACUCCAAGAGAAAGGGCCCACGAAGAUCUUUUGCCAGAGCUCAGAAAGACAAGGAUUGAAAAUUAUGUUCGGAGGGGUCAGCUGAAGGACUUUGAAAUAUUUACUGCACUGGAACCUUAUUUGCAGCUACAGGAAGCAUUUGGAUGGGAGCCUUACAUGCGCAUCUUUGCCGAAUACCAAAAAAUGACCAAAAUCCCAGAAGACAACGAGUCCAAGAUGAAUCUGUGGGCAGAAAAGUUCUCACAGCAAGUGAACAGAAAUCUGGCCCCUUUCUUUAAAGCCUGGAAGUGGCCUAUUAAGGAUGAGCUUUCUCAGAAACUGGCCAGAUCCUUCCCUACAUGGGUAGAGAAUCCAAUGCAGCAGUAUGCAUCUCCAUAA